AUGGUUAUGAUUACUCGUCCUAUACUGCUUUUUGUUUUCAUGUCGUGUGUAUCUCAAAACAAUGCUUCCCAUGGAUGUCCAAAGAACUGGGAAAAUUUCGGUAACUCUUGUUACACCUUUGUUCAUAUUGGCAAAAGCUGGCAGAAUUCAAACAGUGAUUGCGAGAAUAAAGGAGGUCAGCUUGCUAGAGUUUCAGGAAAGAAACUCAACCGUUUUCUCCAUGAAAUGUAUAGAAUCGCUAAGAGUGGAAUCAACUUAUGGAUUGGUCUUAAGAGAUGUUCGCCCAAUAGUGCACAAUGGUGCUAUCCAAAUAAAAAAUUAGCAAACUACACAAACUGGGCACCCGAUAUCCCUGACGAAAAUGGCGACUGCGUUGAAAUGCUUGACAUUGGCGUCUUGGGUAAUCGUCCCUGCAGUGAUAAAAGGCCUUACGUUUGUGAAAUGGAUUUUGAUGAGUGCAUGCUGGAAACACACAGAUGCCAUUCUCUCGCAACGUGCAACAAUACGAUUGGAUCAUAUACCUGUACAUGUAAUCAAGGAUUUACUGGCAAUGGGACCAUUUGCGAAGACUUUGAAGAGUGCAUACUUGACACGCACAGAUGUCAUUCUCAUGCGAAAUGCAAGAAUACCAUUGGGUCAUAUACCUGUACUUGUAACGAAGGAUUUACGGGAAAUGGAUCCUUUUGCGAAGAUUUUGAUGAGUGCAUGCUGGAAACACACAGAUGCCAUUCUCGCGCAACGUGCAACAAUACGAUUGGAUCAUAUACCUGUACAUGUAAUCAAGGAUUUACUGGCAAUGGGACCAUUUGCGAAGACUUUGUAGAGUGCAUACUUGACACGCACAGAUGUCAUUCUCAUGCGAAAUGCAAGAAUACCAUUGGGUCAUAUACCUGUACUUGUAACGAAGGAUUUACGGGAAAUGGAUCCUUUUGCGAAGAUUUUGAUGAGUGCAUGCUGGAAACACACAGAUGCCAUUCUCGCGCAACGUGCAACAAUACGAUUGGAUCAUAUACCUGUACAUGUAAUCAAGGAUUUACUGGCAAUGGGACCAUUUGCGAAGACUUUGAAGAGUGCAUACUUGACACGCACAGAUGUCAUUCUCAUGCGAAAUGCAAGAAUACCAUUGGGUCAUAUACCUGUACUUGUAACGAAGGAUUCACGGGAAAUGGAUCCUUUUGCGAAGAUUUUGAUGAGUGCAUGCUGGAAACACACAGAUGCCAUUCUCGCGCAACGUGCAACAAUACGAUUGGAUCAUAUACCUGUACAUGUAAUCAAGGAUUUACUGGCAAUGGGACCAUUUGCGAAGACUUUGAAGAGUGCAUACUUGACACGCACAGAUGUCAUUCUCAUGCGAAAUGCAAGAAUACCAUUGGGUCAUAUACCUGUACUUGUAACGAAGGAUUCACGGGAAAUGGAUCCUUUUGCGAAGGCUUGCGUCUAUCUUUCUUUCUUUUUCGUCUCGUUGUACCAAAGGUUAACAAUACGAACAUGGAAGACAGACUUAGGAAACUUAAUGAACAGGUGGAUGAGCUCUAUGGUAUGAAUUUAACUGCAAGAAAAAAAUCCGCCCAGAUUAUCAUAAAGGAACUGUCCAAUAUAACAAAUGUAAAUAACGAAAACGGAGUGAAAGUGAUAAUGAACCCAAAUUUUCUCAGCCGAACCGUCGCAAUACUUCAGAAAGUUGUUGGACUGAAUAUUUCUGAUGGCAGUGUUAACAUAUUGGGUCCUGCAAGUAAUAUUUUAGAUGAAGUAAACAGGAAAUAUUGGAGAAACAUGACGGAUGAGAGACUAAUUCGUGAUCUGGUGAUCACUUUGCAAAAUUAUGGAUUUCAAUUAGGAGAAGUAUUGAAAAAUGACAGGAGUUCUUCGCGUAUAUUUCAAAAUCAUUCAAACGUUCAGCUAUAUGUCACAUACCAAAAGCGCUCAGAAUUGUCACCUCAGAACAGUCUUUUCAAUUUCCCAAAUUCAUCGUUUACACUUUCGCCUGAUGCGCUUUCGAACGACUGUGGAGCGGUCAUAGUUGUUGUCUGGUAUAAAACACUAAAUUUAGUUCUGCGAAAGAGUGGUUUUAAUGGUGAUUAUCACGCAAUAAAAAGCAGAAUCAUUAUUGCGAGUGUUCAACCUGAACCAAGGAUGCCAUUUAAGGAACCUGUGCGUAUAAGCUGGGAUGCAACAGAAUUGGACGAAGCGAUCACUUGUGGAUAUUGGAAACCAGAAUUAGGUGUAAGUUAG